CUCAGCAAAGGGACGCCGCGCGCGCGCGGGCCACCGCCGUUUCCCGGGACCCUCCCCGAGGGCGACCGUGAUGCUGCAGAACCGGCGGGAGUGUCUCGCAGCCGUCACCACCACCAGCAGCAGCACUACCGCCAACACUAUUCUCCGCGCUGGCGCGGGGACCCCGGAGCUCGCCUUUCUGCAGGGGAGACGACCAUGGUGGCCCUAGCUCGUGACUUGCCUCCCCGCCACUUGCCCUAGAAAGAAAUCCUUGACAAAGUUGCAUUUCAAAAAAGAAAAAGAAAAAAUUCCUUGCCCUGACCUCCGGGGUCAUAGGGGCCCCCCGAAGCGGUGUGGGAUCGGACAGGAUAACCAACGGUGUGUGUGCAUGGGGGGCCGACGGCAGGGGGACCCUUCGCGGCCACUCUGCUUGGCGUGGUGGUGCUGAGGCUAGGGGACGCCGGGGCUGAGAUGAGCCCCUGCGGGCUGGCCCGGCGACACGCAUCCAGAGGGGCCAUGGCCAUUCUGGCGUGGAAGUUCCCACGGACCAGGCUACCAGUGGGAGCCAGUGCCCUCUGCAUCGUGAUCCUCUGCUGGCUCUACGUCUUCCCUGUCUACCGGCUGCCCGACGAGAAGGAGAUCGUGCAGGGGGUGCGGCAACAGGGCACAGCGUGGAGAAGGAACCAGACGGCUGCCAGAGUCUUCAGGAAACAAAUGGAAGACUGCUGCGACCCUGCCCAUCUCUUUGCUAUGACCAAAAAGAAUUCCCCCAUGGGGAAGAGCAUGUGGUAUGAUGGGGAAUUUCUGUACUCUUUCACCAUUGACAAUUCAACAUAUUCCCUCUUCCCUCAGGCAACCCCAUUCCAGCUGCCAUUGAAGAAAUGCGCGGUGGUGGGCAAUGGUGGGAUUCUCAAGAAGAGUGGCUGUGGCCGUCAAAUAGAUGAAGCAGAUUUUGUCAUGCGAUGCAAUCUUCCUCCUUUGUCAAGUGAAUACACAAAAGACGUUGGAUCCAGAAGUCAUCUAGUGACAGCUAAUCCCAGCAUCAUUCGGCAAAGGUUUCAAAACCUGCUAUGGUCCAGAAAGACAUUUGUGGAGAACAUGAAAAUCUAUAACCACAGUUAUAUCUACAUGCCUGCCUUUUCCAUGAAGACGGGGACCGAGCCAUCCCUCCGAGUUUAUUAUACACUGUCUGAUGUCGGUGCCAACCAAACAGUGCUAUUUGCCAACCCCAACUUUCUGCGUAGCAUUGGAAAGUACUGGAAGAUGAAGGGGAUCCAUGCCAAGCGCCUGUCCACAGGACUCUUCCUGGUGAGCGCAGCCCUGGGCCUCUGUGAAGAGGUGGUCCUCUACGGCUUCUGGCCCUUCUCUGUGAAUAUGCAUGAGCAACCCAUCAGCCACCACUACUAUGACAACGUCUUGCCCUUCUCUGGCUUCCACGCCAUGCCAGAGGAGUUUCUCCAGCUCUGGUAUCUGCACAAAGUUGGGGCAUUGAGGAUGCAGCUGGACCCAUGUGAGAACACCUCUCUCCAAUCCACUUCCUAGAGACCAUGGAAGUAGAACGGAUAGAGCCAGGGUAUUUUUGCUAGGUUUUUCUAUGUGACUACAGAAGUGAAUGAUCAAGUUGUUUCAUGAAUUUCUAUUGGCCACUUGGAAAAGAGAAGAAGAAAAUCCAUGCAAAACUUUUAAUAUUAGCUUGGAAGACAACUAAAGAAACUGUCCUGUGAAUCAUUUUGUCGGACAUCAUGGAUUUGCAACUAGUACAAUGCUGAGGAAGCGGUAUUUGUUAAGCACACGUCCGUGGAUCGGAUCUAGAAGUUACAGUUCAAAAACAAAGCAGAGCGUGAGGAUGAGGAACCGAUCAAGGUAGAAUAAAGGAAAUGCAGAGGCAGAUGUGUUGCUAAGCAAUGGCAAAAACUGGCUUCCUGAUAACAGCAAAAACCUGUCUUAUUAAGAUUGGCAUUAGAACUAGAGGGUUUUUUUUAAUUACUAUUUAUUUUUGCCCUAUUUAAGGGCCAUGGGUGAUGGGGUAGGUUUAAAAAAAAUCCCUUACUGAGUAAGAGGGAUACAAAAUGCUACAGCUGAUCAUUGUGAUUUGUUGGACCAAGUCUGUAUUAAUUGUGAUUCUCAUCCAUUUAAAAAAAAAUGAAAUGUUAAGAAUUGCCUCUCCUCCCUUUGUCAUGUCCACUUAGGCAAUGUGAAGCAAUGUCGAGUUUAGAUUGUGUUGAUUCAUAGUCCGGAUAACAUGAGCCAAUUUCCUGCCUCAGAAUGUAGGCCAUAAAGUCUAGGUCGGCAAGCCUGUUUGCAUUGUUACUAUGAUUUUAGUGUGAAAUGACCAAGUGUGAGUGCAUUAUUUAUUUGUAAAUUGGUGUAUUGUCUUCAUAAUUAAAUGUUCGGAGAUGAAGCUGAGCACAGUGAUGUAGAGUCUAGAAGACAGAAGGCAAAUCCUAUUUGUAGAUGUCAUAAUACAGUCACUCCAACAUAAAACAUACAUGUAUGUGCAUACAAGCAGGCUCAGAUGUUUUCACACUCACAGUUAGACAGAGCUCAUCCUCACGCACCUGGAAAAGCUUAACUCCCAUGACUUGAUAUGGCAAAAAUCAGUCAUCAGUGUUAGAGGGUCAUGGUGGAUCAUGUGCUGUUCCCUGUGUAUUGGUUGAAGACAGGCUAGCUUACUAUGAGUGCACAAUGCUCUCAUCACUGUGAGAAGGAAGUCUUACCCCUAAAUAUUUGUCCAAAAGAACUAAGUGUUCUGUUCAUGCUUGCUUCCCACAGAAUCUCCUGAAUGGGUCCAUGUUGAUCAUGGUCAUCCAAAAUGUGGCAUGUACAAUUAACUACUAGUUCCCUUAGGAGCAGUAGGGCAGCUUAGCUUGAAGCACCACUUUGAUUUUCCCACAAGAAAACUCUUCUAUUAAAUUGCACAUAGCCAAAUGCAUUUAUGCUCAAGAGAGAGGCAAAGGCAGUCUCUCACAUUUGAGUCUUGGGAGGCCUCAAUAGAACUGACUAUCCUUAAUUUAAAUGUCACCACAAUAUUGGCAAAUUCUACCAACAUGUUUGAAUUUUAAUGGUCUAAACUUAGUAUCCUGUAACUCAUAGAGACUACAAGAAGGAGGAUUUUUUUCCCAUUAGGGUUGCUUACAACAGAUCAAGAAAAGUCCCUGAGAAAAUUUGAGAUCAUUGGAGUUGGCGGUUUUAGAUGUGUUUGAAUUUUGAGGUUAUUAUAGGAAUUAGCAAUUAAGGUGGAACUGGUUGACAUAAGGUAGAUUAUCUAGAUACCUAGAAAGUUAAGAAUUGGAGAGUGAGUAUCAGCUCUGUCCAGAACUGGCUUGCCUUUUAAAUCCUGUAUGACAGCCAAAAUGUGAUAUAAACAUCUGUGAUUCAGCUGGAUUAACAUCUGCUUUAUGGACAACCCUACUUAAAUUAUUUUAUCAUAAAAAGGAGUAAAUUUUACUGAUAAAAAAUAUCAAAAAAUAAAUCAGCCAGCAAAAAAUACAUGAGAUUAAUACAAUAUGUGUCAGUCAGGUUAAUGUUUUAAUUAUUGAAAUUGAACUGUAACUAAUGAGUUCUGGAAAGCCUAUAUCAUCAUUUCCGUGGAAAAUGCAAUCUUGGAAAUUUUACAUAUCAUUGUGAAUCCAGGAAUAGAAUUAGAUUUACACAGUGGGUAGCUGGUAAAUUUGCAGAACUGUUCUAUAUGGCUUCUGAUUGGCCCACAGAAAUGGCCGACACUGGGAAUGUUUCUUUAGGCUGGUGCUUCUCAGCUGGGGUGAUGCCUCUCUUCCCUCUGGUUUUAUUGUCAUGACUCAAAGGUGCAGUUUGUAUGUUGGAGGUGGAGACCAAGGAUUCCAUCAAACAUCAAGCAAGGCACUGGUCAGCACCAACACAUAUCUACCCAGUCUAAACCCAGUUCCAAGGUUGAGAAACCCUGGAUCAUGCCAAAGUGAAGUGUUGAUUGUUCUAUGUCAUCUUCACUCACAGAUAUGCACAUGUACUAGAGCAUUCCAAGUAUGAAUACGCUUUACUGGAUGUGUUUUUUAGGGCAGAUUACAGUUUGGCAUUACUUUUUAGUAACAGUUCAUAUGUAUGCUCUACAUAAAUGCCUUUUGCUGUGGCUUGUUAGAUAAAUGUACUACUACUAAUGUGUGUGUGUAUUUGUGUGGCAUGAAGUGAUACAUCCCUAUUAUGAAAUGUUUGUGUUCCUAAGCAAGAACCCCUAGUAUUGUAAAGUACUGUGGAAUAUUUCUGUGGUUCUAUUGAAUUCUAAAGUCUCAUAGUUUUCUUUCCCUUCCUUGGAUAAGACCUUUAGAAUUGAAUCAAGUAUUUUACCAAAUUUGGUCAACUAUAUUUAAUAUUGCUGGCCCUUAAGAUUCAGGUCUGAAGACUUCCAAGUUAUGGUAGAUGCAUUUAGUAAGAAAAUACUUAAUCAGUUUCAAUAUAACUGCCAAAAAGGGGGUAUCAUCAGACUAAAUUUUAAAUUGUGUUUAGGAACAAAAUUUGGGUUUCUUUCAUGGAGGCAAAAGGAAGGAUUGUGGGGAGAAACUUAAUUUUUCUUGGCCCAAAUUUGAAAAUUGCAUCGAUUCUAAGAACAUAGUGAUAACCACUCUUAUUUGAAUCAGAUGCCAGUGAAAGCAAGACAGAUGAAGGACUAAGUUAUCCUACAAAAAGAGAAGUCAUAUUUUAUGUGAAAGAUAUUCACCUGGAUGCAUAUGCCUUUUCCAGAACAUUUUACCCAAGGGUUACACAGAAUUAUGCAUGUGAAUUGCAUGAUUCUUACACAGAAUGCUAAGAGGAACUCCUUGGGUUUCAUAUCUGUAUGGUGCCGUUCUAACUAUUUUUGUCUCAGGUAAAAGAUUGAAAAUGGCCAAUGUUCAGAUAACACCCUUUGUUUGGUUUUGUGAUGUUUCAUUCCAUUCUCUUGGCUGAGACUUUAUUAAGGCUGAAUUUAACUUAAGACGGAAGAAAUUUGAGCAAUGUUUUACUAUGGGAAAUGACUGAAGAAAAAAAUCCUGGGAUUCUGUAUUUACCAAAAAUUUUCUUAGACAAAAGAUUUAUAGAAACUAUAUAGAUGAUGCAAAAUGAAAAUAAUAUUAACAUUUCUUCUUGUCAGCAUCUUUAUAUAACUUUAUUGUGUAUAACCAGCCAUUCCUUUGUUUGUAAAGUCAGCUACCAAAAAUUUUAGUUUCUCUUUGAAAAUAAGAAUUGUUGAAAUUCAUAACGAAUGUAUACAAGUUAAGAAAAAUCCAAAAGGAAAGUAUCACAAAUCCAUGAAAAAUUUUAAGAAAUGCUUGUUGUGUUGCAUAAACACUCUUGCACCAGAACCAAGCCUGUGUUUGUGUAAGCCCAGAGAUCAGGAGCUGGGAGAACUUUGGGCAACAAGUCCAUGACAGAGUAAAGACUAAGAGUAAUACUGUGCUUUUUGACUACAGAGCUGACUAGCACAGAGGCGGACUCAGAUCGCUUAUCUGCUGGUGGGCACUCAUCGGGGGUGGAGGUGAGUUGACGGUUUCCAGCUUAGCAGCGGCUUACGUAAGCAUUAAAAACAACUAACAGUGUUGAUACUUUCAUUCUGCUGUGUGCCAAGGAGAUGGAUGUGAAGUGGCAAGGAGAAAAUACCCAUAUCCCCAAACUCUGAGCAUUCAAAAAGUCCAACAAGCCUCUGACCCUGGCAUGGACCAGGGGGCAUUAUCCAUCCAUGGCUUCUCUCUGCCAGGGAGCUGGCAUGGCUCCGAGUUGGAGCUGCUAGCAUUGUGCCUAGAGAGGUGCUGAGAACCUUACAAUGUCAGUGGCUUUCCACUGUUACUGCUCAUAUCUGUGCUUUCUAAAUUGGGCUGUCUUGUGUUCAAGUCUGAUCAUGCUGCCUGUGGUUGUGAAAAGCAAGGCUUUCCCUUCAUGUGGACUUGUUGAGUUAUUUAAGCUAGGAGGAUGUCAGGUCUCCCACGUAUAAAUCCAUAAAUGUGAAGACACAGCAUGUCUGUAUACUAUGAAAUUCCUGUUUUGUAAGUGGAUUGAGCUUUAUUGGAAAGGAGAGAGAAGAGCGAGCAAAGCAAGUGCAUGAGUGGGACAAACAUAACAUGACCUUUACUCCGUGCAGCAUUGGAUGAAUGCAUCCUUCUAUCUCCAUCACGUGUUUGUUUUGUCUUUCUGGUACCAACAUUUCUGACAUUUUCUAUCUCUAAAAUGUCAGAAACACAUGACAUAAAUUGACAUGUGAACAUUUGUAUGAUAACCAAAGCCCAUGAUGAAUUUUUCAAAGCAUAAGAGUGGAGUUACAUUUUGUGAUCACUAGUUCAAUUACUCCCUUGUGUCCUUCUGGAUCCUAACAUUAUGCCCAAAUUCUUUCAUAUUGUGUUUUCCAGUGAAAGCUGUGGGCUAGAAUCAGUAAUUCCAAACUGUCUUGGAUUUUUAGAAUAGCAGCCAAGUACAUUGAUCCUGUCUUUCUUUUCUUCUUUAUAGAUGUACUUUAAUUCAGAGUUGUCAUAUCAAAAUACACAUGUUUUACACAAUACUAAGAAACAGACAUGAUUUAACCUAAGGCCAAGAAAAAUUUCUACACGGAAAAAAAACCCAACAGAAAUUGAUCAUUUAGACAAGCUCAUGACUGUAAUUUGAAAGGAACAUGGGGAGGGAACUCGGAUGGCAGCUGAGCAGUGUGAGCAGGGGGCAGGUGUCCUUGCAUGCAGUCCCCAGAAUGAAGCUGCUUCAAAAUAUUCUAAAGGAAAUAUGUCAUCAUCCUGCUAUUGGGUUUAAGGAUGAAAAGCCGCUGAAGGAUGCAGUGUGUGAGCCGGAGCAAGUGUCCACGGGAGGGCAGAGGAGAGCUCCUGUUUGCCUGUCUCAGCCCUGUCCUUGUGUCCUUGCCCUUCCAUGCCCUGUCCUCUCAGCUGCUGGAUCCCAGGAACACCAACACGCCCACCUGUGCUUUGACACAUCCUCCCAAAAACAAUACUACCAUUUCGAUCUCCUGUCUCAGUGACAGUGGUAAAUAUCAUCAUAAAAUUAACUCUUAAAUGUGGUUCCCCAUGUCUGUGCAUAAUUAGAAAUCGGAAACCUUAGUUCCCGUUCAUACAGUUACUUCAGCAGGAGACUUGGGUGUCCAAUGUCCCUAAAGCAAACGUUGAUGCUUUUCUUUCCUGUGUUCUUAUGUACUUAACGCACACAAAUGCACACAAUUUACUGUCAUUUACGCUCAUGGAAAAAUGAAGACGCCUGGACGGGUGAGGCUGGGAAGUGGCAGAGGGUGCCUUAAAGUUUUCUGGAUUGACUCCUGUUUCCUUACGUGUUUCUUUUAUGUGCUUCUGUCACUUUAGAGCUGUACCGGUGUCUAUUCCAAGCUGUAUGUGUGUCAUCAGCCAGAAGUGAAAAAUGUAGCAAAUAUGACCAUUUUAUAAGAAUGCACAAUAAUCCACACAGGCCUUGGAGAAGUCUGAUAACAGUCUGUAAAUAUUCUUUGUUGCAGUAGUAGAAUCUUCUGGUAGGAAACUCCAUAGGGGAUAACUAUCUACAGGACUCAUAGACUACGAAUGUGUACUCCUCUAGCAAAUUCUAGUUUUUACGGGAGCAAGGGGUCAAUCGGUCGCUUCCUUAUUCAGUCUUAGCAUCCGUUCCAUGGGCUGUCUUGACUGUAGGUUAUUGUUAUUUUCAUCAUAUACAGGAUAGACAGUUUACAGUGGUUGGUGGCCGCUAAAACACACCACCGUCAGAGUAGGGAGGGGGGAAACGAAUCCAUAGAGUUCCAUGGAAAAGCCUGCUGACUCUUUGAAAAAAAUCUAGAAUAUUACUAGAACUUUAGCUACCAGUACUGCAUUGUUAGUCUAAAAGUGUUAGGAAAAAAAUUGCUUCUUUCUGGUCUCUUAACUUUGUUGCAGCACAUGAUGUUAUUCCACACACGUGGAAGGUGUUUUAAGGAGCUACUUUUCCGAAAGUGGAGGCAAGAAGAAAUAAUUUUUAGAAAAUCAAAUAUUCUUUCUUACACAAUGUAGUCUGACCAGCAGGCCAUGAAUGUAAUAGCACUGAAAAAAAGAUUUUAGAUUAGACUAUAAAACAAAAAAGUCACCUUUGAAAUGUGUAUGAAAUUACCUCUUCCUGUUAAAGCCCAACUCCACAGGUAGAAAGUAUAGGGAAAUCAGUUCUCAUUUCUUUUUUUAGAGUUUCAUAUAAAAUGUAGCAGGUAAGGGGAAAAAAACCCUUUAAUUGGUACUUUUUAUUGUGUGACUUGAAAAAUCCAUUUCUGUCUUCGCUGGUUCUGUUGUUUCUUUGCACGGAUUUUACAUGCGAUGUCAUCGGAGGAGAUUUGCUGUAAAAACAUGUCUUUUUCUUUGGUGUCUUCGUUAUAAUUACUCCUGGAAGUGAGAAGGUUCACUCAGUCUCAAUUUCUCUACCUCCCUUACUUAGAGAAAGUUUGGAAACGUACCCUGUGAAUAAAAUGAAAAUUUUUUA